CAUAGGUGCGGAUGCAAAGAUGGCGGAAGAGGAGAGCCAGUUUGAAGAAUUUGAGCAAAUAGACUUUUUAAGAGAUAGACAUGUACGAUUCUUCCAGAGAACACUUCAGGUGUUACCUGAGAGAUACGCCUCGCUGGAGACAACCAGGUUAACGAUCAUAUUUUUUGCCCUGUCGGGUCUCGAUGUGCUGGACGCUCUGGAUGUGAUCGAUAGGAAUACCAUGAUCGAGUGGAUCUACUCGCUACAGGUUAUGCCCACAGAGGACCAAGCUAACUUUAGUCGUUGUGGUUUUCGCGGAUCGUCUCAUAUUGGAAUUCCUUAUAGCACUAAGGGUCCAGGUGUGCUCCAUCCAUAUGACAGUGGCCAUGUAGCCAUGACCUACACUGGGCUGUGCUCGCUGCUAAUACUCGGAGAUGACCUGAGCCGGGUGAACAAACAGGCCUGUCUGGCUGGUCUCAGAGCUCUGCAGCUGGAGGACGGCAGUUUCUACGCAGUGCCAGAGGGAAGUGAAAAUGACAUACGGUUUAUCUACUGUGCCGCCAGUAUCUGUUACAUCCUGGAUGACUGGUCAGGCAUGGACAUCCAAAAGGCCAUUGAGUACAUCAGAGGAAGUUUGUCAUACGACAGUGGGUUUGGUCAGGGAGCUGGGCGGGAGUCACAUGGUGGCUGGACGUACUGCGCCAUAGCCUCUCUGUGUCUAAUGGGUCGACUGGAAGAGGCACUGAGUCAGCGGGAGCUGGACCAGAUCCGGCGCUGGUGUGUCAUGAGGCAGCAGAGCGGCUUCCACGGUCGCCCCAACAAACCUGUAGACACAUGCUACUCCUUUUGGGUGGGAGCUACGCUAGAGCUCUUAGACGUGUUCCAGUAUACAAACUUUGACAAGAACAGGAGCUUCAUCCUGUCUACACAGGACCGGUUGGUGGGAGGAUUCGCCAAGUGGCCCGACAGCCAUCCAGACCCUCUACAUGCCUACUUAGGGCUGUGUGGUUUGUCUCUGAUCGGGGAGCCCGGUUUGAGGAAGGUCCACCCAGCUCUUAACAUCACCCAGAGAGCCUUUCAGCACGUCCAGCAGCUGCAGCAGACAUGGAGGGACGGCGCCGGCAGCUGUAGCAGACAGCACUGACAGCAGGAAGAUCCACCGCUCUGUUUCUGAACAGGUUCAGUAAUCAGGAACAUCUAACCCUAGUCGGUCAAAGGCAAUUGGACUUUUGCUGUGUCUUGAAGACGUUUGGCCACCCAUCUAUGAGACCUCUUAAUUACAGCAAUCAGGAAGGUUGUUAAGUCCCCAGUUACACAGUAGUAACUUAGGGGAGCUCAUUUUAAGUCCAUCUACAGUGACUUUUGUGUUAAGCAAUAUAUGCCACACUUUUUCUUUUUUUUUUUGCUGCCUUUUAUGAUUAGACUGUAGUAAAUAACAUUGUGCAUUGUGGUUUGUGGUGAUGAAAUUAUGUGCCAGAAAGUCAAAUUUGAGUCACUGGAGAUGCCUCAGAUGCCUCAAUUUCGCGUACUUUUUUUUAAAAUGCAGUUUGGGAGCCUUCCUGCUCCUCCUCAUAGUAAACCAACCCAAUCUGCUGUAAACCUUCCGAGCCAAGGAUGAACUGACUGCUUCCCACGGACAUGUGACACAUCCACGGAGUAAAUGUUAGUCACUGAGACCCUGAGGAGGGCUGUCUCUUUAAAUGGUUCUGCAGUAACUGGUGGCUUCGGUAGCUGAAAGGUUUUGAGUGGGCUGGUGCAAUUGUCUUGUGAAUCGAGUAGAUUAUACGCGUUUGCCAUCGCUGUAUAGUGUCCAUGUGUAUUGCAAAGAUGUCGUGAAUGAGUUCCUCAUUUUUGUUUACAAACCAGUAUGAGCCCGAUGGAGGCUUUCUUUUAGAUUUACCAACCUUACAUCCUCAGACGAAGAAACACCCCAAGGCCCUGUUCUCCUGAUACAGUAUUUUUUUUUUUUGCCUCUCUGCUCCUCGAACAUCUCCAUCCUCACGUUGCUCUUGAACCUCUUCAAAGCCUCCAGCUCUCCGGUCCCAAAGGUGAUGAGCAGCCUGGCAGGGAAAGCUCACUUCAGGUCCCUGCAGUUCCACCACUACAGGCUCUGUUUAGUGAUCCCAAGAGAUGUAAAUGAUCAUAGAUCUGCUUGGGCAGCCAACAACCGCCCCAGCAGGCAAAUCGAUGAUGAAAGAAAGAAAUCAAAAAACUAGUAGAAAAAAGAUUUAAAGAAAUAACAUUCGGCAAUUUUCAAGAGGCUUAUAGAAAAACCGAUUGGGCCUAAAGAAAGGGCAUAAUCCCGUCUUUCCUACAAGGUAGUAGCUUUCAAUUUCAGCAUCGCCCGACUCCUGAACCCUGAACUGAUCCGGGCUACCCUCCUUCACCAGCCUCCAUGCUCCCUGUAAGGCACUAGCCAGCCUGAAAUCAAUGGAAGAUGAGACGGUGGCAUCGUGACUUGGGGGGAGAUGUAUUCUUUUGAACAGCGCUGGGAAUUGAUAUCUUAUUUUCAGAACAGAAAAGGACGCAGGGCAAAAACAAAGAACAGUGCACAUGAGCAGAAUGUGCCUCAGAGAGUCCGGUUACAGAAGCAACUGUUCACCAACACCACGCAUUCCUUCGAGUCCUAAAUUGCCACCUGCAUCUCGCGAUGGACCUUCCAGCCUUCUUGCUCUUGAGCUCAGCUACAUGUUGGAAAUGUAUCAUUUUUAAAUCCUAAAAAGAUCCUAAAAUGGUGACAGAUUCUGGGUUCAGCUGCUUGCCUUCUCCAUCACAUGACUGCUCUGAUUCCCACAAAGCGACAUUUCCAGCUUCACAGGUUCCUCCAGCCCCCCCUGCUGAAGCCACGCCCCAUCCAUUAUAAGACCAGCACCUGCUCCCUGAGACCAUGAUGGGUGAGGAGGGGACAAUGUCACAGCAGGUCAGAAAUACAGCGCCUCGUCUGCAACAUGUCUACUGCGGGAGUCUGCUGUGUUCAGCACCAGUUCUGACUGGAUACCUAAAAUAUACAUCGCCUCUUUGGUUUUUCCUUCCACCGUCUAAAAUGAAGUUGUGCUACUUGGCCUCGUCUCCUUCCUCGACAAGUUGCCUUUUUUUUUUUUUUUUUUCCCCAGACUUAGAAACAGAGCAGGCAGACGGGGGAAAGGAGAUAGGAGGAGAGGUGAAUAAAUAAAUAAUCUGACCCAUCUAUUAUUAACAGUGAACUGUCGGAGGCUGGAAUCUCCUCUCUGAGCCCAAACAACCCCCCCCAGUGUUGUACAGCCUUAUUUUGGUGCACACGCUAUUGCUUGAUGUUGCUGUAUUGUUUGAUGUUGCUGUUUGGCCAAAGUCAAUGAGCUUUGCUGCAGUUACUCUUGCCAUUUUUUUUGUAUUUUUAGAAACAUUUUGUUCGUUAACAUAAGAUAUUUUCACUUUUGGGAAAGGCGAGCUGUGUCUUUCAUUGCACCUAAUGAAUUGAGCCUCAGAUACACAAAUAAUGUUACAAAACAAGCUCAAUAAAAAUAGCUUCUGAAUUAUUGACCAUAUAAUAUUCUGGUAUCAAUCUUUUUGUGUAACUUAGUUAUGAUGUGUCCUAAAUCUGUUGGGUCCUGAAACACAAACUGCACUGAAAGGGAGCGGCCAUGUCUCAGCUUUCACUGCUCUACUUCCUCCUUCGGCUGCUGGGUUCAGUCACAUGGCUCCACCACUAUCUCGAACCCGACUCUGAAAUGUGCCUCAUGUAGCAUUGUUUUGGGUCACCGCAUUCUGAAUGCUCUCUUCUUCCCUUUUUCAGAUUUCGCUACAUGCACAGCAUGCUUAAAUUGGGCUUAGCUCGGCUGUUUAUUACCAAGACGGGCGCUGAAUUAACAAGUCUCUGCUGGAGGGGAUGGAGGAAAGGUGUUUCUAAAACCCUAGGGAAUGGAGCACGUACUCUGUAAACAGUUUUUUCCUCCUCCCAUCUUUUGUAGAGUUCACUCAUCCAGUCAAACAUAAGCUGAGUGGCGGAGAUCGUUUCUCCAGAAUCUGACUUUGUCCCUUCGUGUCUGAUCGAUAGUGUCUUUCCAGAAGGAGGGAGGACUUCAUUGAGACCCGUAAAUGCUUACCCCGACCUUAAAAGAGGAUGGAUGAUAUGCCACUUACUGCGUCUCAGCAGUUGUUGUAUUGUGUCUCCUUUUUGCUCCAUCACAGUGCACCCGCUGCUCUCGGCCCCGCAGCAUGUAAAGAGGGGGCGAGGCUUCUCUCUUUUAAAAUGGCUGCAGUGAAAGCUGCGUUCAGAGGAUUGUGAAAGACUUUUGAGACGCAGCCAAAAUGGCCACACGUAGUCGACCGUGAAUCCUUGCUCUAUCCACUAAUAUACAUAAUGUAAUAAUGAAUAAUGUAAUGGAAUUUAUUUUUUCUAUGCUUUGUAGAGAGAUUGGGUGUAGAUAAAUAUGUAAAUGUCUAUAAAUAUGUGACUUCUAUUUUGCAACCAAUGUUUACAGCUACAUCAGUGGGACGGUGAGAGGAGUCGGAUAUGCAAAUGUUGAUAUGUGAUGCGUUCUACUACUUCAGCUUUGAAUUUGAGGACAAUGAUUUGGAUCUAGCUUGGUGGUGCAUACUGUAUUUAUGAUGAAUAAAAACACCUACUAACUUU